AUGGAGAUUGUAUCCACUAAUCAUAUAGUCGAGAGCCACGCAGUUAGGCGCACGGCUGAUUACAAAUCGAACAUUUGGAACUACGAUGAUCUCAUGCAGCUCUCUCAUUCGAACAAACUCAAAUACAAAGAAGAAAUCGAGAGGCUGAAAGAAGAAGUCGGGCGCAUUCUUGGAUCGUCAAAAGAUCCGAUACAUAAGCUGGAGCUCAUAGAUGAGAUUGAAAAACUCGCCCUUUCGUAUUGUUUUGAGGAGGAAAUUGGUAAUUCCGUGAAGGAGAUAGCAUUUGGAAAAACGAGCACUAGUUUGAACAUGGAAAACGAUCUCUACUCUGCUGCAUUGCAGUUCAAGAUUCUAAGGCAGCAUGGCUAUCGUGUUUCGCAAGAUUCAAUUAUUCAACUAUUAGAUGAUGAAACUACGCGUUUGGACGACAAAACAAAGGUCGAAAUUUUCGAAGCUUCUCAUCUCGCCUUGGAGGAUGAGUGUUUACUGGACAGAGCAAAAGGAUUUAUCGCGAAAAAUCCGAAUUCAAAUGGUGAUCAUCAAGGCAAAAUCAAUGUUGUACCUUCUCAUUGGAGUGUAAGUUGGUUUAACGCCAAGAAAAAUAUAAACGAGCCGAAAAAGUCCACACUUCACCGACUAGCAAGGCUUAGCUUUAACAUGGUUCAAAUUCAGCACCAAAAGGAACUGAAAGAUAUUCUAAGAUGGUGGAGAAGUCUCGGCCUUCCGGAAGCUAUGACCUUCGCACGAGACCGAGCAGUUGAGAGCUUCCUAUGGGCGGUUGGAGUGGCUUACGAGCCUCAAUAUGGGAGCCUUAGAAAGUGGCUCUCGAAAGCCAUUAUGUUGUUGAUAGUUAUCGAUGAUCUUUACGACAUUUAUGGCUCGAUAAACGAGCUAGAGCAGUUCACCACCGCAGUAGAAAAGUGGGACCCAAUGGAAACACAACACCUCCCAGAAGCUUUUAAGAGGUGCUUUUGGGCUCUGUAUGAUGUGGUAAAUGACAUGGAUCUUGAGAUUCAGAAGAUAAAGGGAUGGGAAUCGGUUUUGCCUCGUUUGCAAGAAGGGUGGACUGGUUUUUGCAAAGCAUUGUUUGUGGAAGCAAAGUGGUAUCACAAGGGCCAUUCUCCAUCUCUUGAGGAGUAUUUGGAUAAUGGGUGGAAAUCCUCCUCUGGCCCUCUUCUCUCAGUCCAUAUUCUCCUUGGUGUUGGUCACAAUAUAACAAAAACUAUGGAUACCUUAAACAACAAUCAAGAAAUCAUCCAUUAUGCUUCACUCAUUUUUCGACUCUGUAAUGAUCAGGGCACAACUAAGGCAGAGCAAGAGAGAGGAGACGCGCCUUCGUCAAUCCUAUGUUAUAUGCAAGAAGCAAACGUUACAGAAUCACAAGCUCGGGAGCACGUCAGAAACUUGAUAAUCGAGUCAUGGAAGAAAAUGAAUGGGUUGUUCAUCAAAUGUCCUCAAUCACAACGACCCGAGAUUAGAUAUGUACUCAACAUAGCACGAGUCGCUUAUUUCAUCUAUCAGGAUGGAGAUGGGUGUGGUGUUCAGGAUGGAGAGACGCGAAAACAAGUCUUGUCUUGCUUGAUUGAUCCUCUUCCUCUACCAUGA